AUGACGCCAACAAUCAGAUGGGGCAUCAUUGGUGCAGGUAAAAUUUCUGCCAAGUUUACCGAGGAUAUCUGCCGCAAACGGCCUCAGACGGCGCCUGUCAACCAUCGCAUCGCCGCCAUUGGAUGCUCCUCUUCGGAAAAAGGACGUGUGUUUGUUUCCGAGCAUGUGAGCGGUCCAUCGACGGAUACUACUGUUGCAUCUUUGACAUAUAGCGAGGUGUAUGCAUCGUCCGACGUUGACGCGGUUUACAUUGGCCUUCCCCACGUGUUUCACAAACAGCACUCCUUGGAAGCGAUUGCCCAGGGGAAACACGUUCUCUGCGAAAAGCCGUGCUUCAUGAAUCUGAACGAAUUAGAAGAGGUUUUGCGAGCAGCUCAAACCAAGGGGGUGUAUUUUAUGGAGGCCGUCUGGGUGCGCUUCUUCCCCGUAAUGCAAGAAGUCACUACUCACUUGCAUGACUUGCGCACCAUCGGCGACUUGAAGAGGUGCGUAGUUAAUUAUUCGCCGAACAUAGAGGUAGACGCGUUGCCACUAACUGACCGCUUGAUUGACCGAAAACUUGGAGGCGGCGCCAUCAUGGAUAUUGGAGUAUACACCAUCCACCAUUAUCGCAUGCUCAUGGAUCCUCGAAGCAGGAUACAGUCUAUGAAGGACUUGGAUAUUGAAUCUUCCCAGUCAUUGGUAAAUGGUGUUGAUUACAUGACCAGUAUCCUUGUGUCUCCAAAGGAUAGGACUUCACAGGGGAUUUUGACAUGUUCUUUCUACAGCUUCGGAACAGGGCCCUUUGCCAUGGUUGAGGGGACUUUAGGAAAGUUGGAGAUCCUCACAGAACAGGGCAUGCCUGCUCCAUUAGGGUACACAAUCACCUUCAGGGAUGGAAGGGACCCCAUUUCGAAGUCGUGGCCUGUUAGCCAGGAUGGUGGUAGGGGAGCCUUCGGGUUCUUCUACGAAGCAGACGCCUUUGCCUUAGAUAUCGCUGCAGGUAAGUUGCAGAACGAUACUGUUAGCUGGAAUGAAAGCAGAAUAGUGUUGGGAAUUGUCGAUGCUGUCAGACGUGCCAGUGGAAUGACUUAUGAACAAGAUUUUUAA